GGUUGAAAUUUGUUUCCGAGAGUUUUCUCCUUUUGGAGAUUUCUAAUUGUCAGGUGAAUUCAUGACUCAGAUGAAGAAUCAUUUAUGGAAGUAUCCUGUUUAUCCGGAAUCAGAUGAACCUACGGAGUCGAGUCUGUGUCCUCACAUAGUUAAAAAGUUGUCCUUUGGAAGUGGAGGGGAACUUGUCACAAGGGAAGGUUUUUACACUGUGGAGUUUGACAACAGUUGUAUAUACUGACAAUGAAAAUCAUACACUAUGACGUGCACUAAUCAGGAAUCAAACAUAAAGGAGCAAGCUGGAAACUCAAGGUGUUUGUGAAAUGUGUAUUUCACUUAGGUCAGGAAAGGUGGCGUGAGAGUCUGGCGUGGAGCUCAGCCUCAGUGUACCAGUAGGCAGUUGGGCAUAAAUCUGGAAAUAUUUGCGUAUCUUUGUAGAGAUACAAAUUUAGAUUGAGGUUGGAUUAAGCAGGAAAUCUUGAGGGAUUAACUUUAGCACUUCACUUAGUAGAAAUGAGAAAAAUGGAAGGAGAGUGAACCAACAUUUAUUGGGUAAGCAACUUUAUGUAUAAUCAUAUAUUCCCCAUAACAUCCUUGAGUGGUUAUAUUAUGUCUCUUUGUCAAUGGAUCAUGAAGGCAAGGCUUGGGGAUGUUAAAUCUGCUGAAAUUCAUCAAACAUGUAAUUGCUAAAGCUGAGAUACAACCCUAGAUGUACCCAUCAUUUGUUCCUCACAACUCUAGGGUUGAGUAUUAUCAGUGCAGAAGAAGAGGGCAUGCACAAUCCUAGCUGAGUGGCCAGAAAACUGGUUGCAGCCUCAGUUGUAGUUCCAUUCUGUUUAUAGAGCUCAUGGUGCAUUAGGAUUGGAAAGGAAGCAAUGCAGAAAUCAGAUUGCCCUACAGAUGUACAGGUGAAAAGCAGAGUAACAGGUAACUUUGAUCAAAGGACAUCCACCAGCACACAAAUAAAACGCAAGACUACAGUUCAGCGAAGUAAAUCUUCCUCUUCCACCAGCUCUCCAGAGUGUGUCCGAAAAGUUCAUCCUCGACCAAGCGAUAAACUAAACCCUAAAACAAUUAAUCCUUUUGGUGAACAGUCACGGGCCCCUUCUGCAUUUGCAGCUAUUUAUUCUAAGGGAGGUAUUCCUUGCAGAUUGGUCCAUGGUUCAGUAAAGCACAGGUUACAGUGGGACUGCUCUCCUGAAAGUCUUCCAUUUGACCCUCUUCUUAUUACUUUAGCUGAGGGUCUGAGAGAAACAAAGCAUCCAUACACCUUUGUGUCCAAGGAGGGUUUUAGAGAGUUACUUUUAGUUAAAGGUGCUUCUGAAAAGGCUGUACCUUUGCUACCUAGACUGAUUCCUGUGCUAAAGGCGGCUCUGAUCCAUUCAGAUGAUGAAGUGUUUGUGAGAGGGUUGAGUGCCCUGGUACAAUUAAGUGUUGUCGUUGGUCCUUCUCUUAAUGACCAUCUGAAACACCUGCUGACAAGCCUUUCCAAGAGACUAAUGGAUAAGAAGUUCAAGGAGCCCAUCACUAGUGCAUUACAGAAGCUUGAGCAGCAUGGUGGAAAUGCAAGCCUUCUAAUCAUCAAAUCCAAAAUUCCAACUUACUGCUCUAUAUGCUGUUGACAAAGGGAAACCACAAGAGUUGUCUUGCUUCUUUCUUGCAAGUGUCACACUCUGAACCACAUGUGCACAUGGACCAUUUAUUCAGUUCAGCUUAUUCUUUUAUAGAUCACAUCCACAAUUCACUAGCUGUUCGAUCAAGGGGAGUGUACGUAGUCCAGCCGAAUCAUAGUAAAUGUUGUCAACAAAAACAGACAGGUAAUAAUGGAAAGCUAUUAAAAGAAUUCUAUAAUAGUACAAUUUUGUAGGUCUUUUUUCUUGGUUAGAUCAUAGUAUGAAAAACCAUUAUUGAAUUUAUAUGAUCAGAUGUAUUUAUUUUCUAGUACAUUUUUAUUUAAAACAUUUCUUUGCCAAUUUUUUGUAGCUGUGCACUUAUUUCUAGCGAUUGUUCUUUUGGCUAUUUUUUGCUUUUUGUAUUAUUUUUUAGAGCUAGAGAAAUUUAAAAUAGAAUAUAUGCAUUUGGGAACUCACUCUUAGUUUUUUCUAAAUAUGCAUUUUAUAAUGUAGAAUGGUUGGAAGGAUUUCAUUCCAGAGAAUUCUAGUUUAGGAAGUUUGUUUUAAAUAUUCGAAUUCUAUUGUAACUAUGUUGUUUUUUACAACUUGUUAAAAUUGCCUAAACUUUAGGUGUUAAUUGAAUUUCAUAGCCUGAAAAUAUUGAUGUACAUACAAAGAUACUCAAAAAUUAAAAUACUUUUAUGC